AUGUCAAGCGAUGCCUUCCUUGCAGCAUUUCAUCGCUUCACUAGUCGACGUGGAUUGAGCAAGGAGAUUUUUUCGGACAACGGAUGCAAUUUCAAGGGAGCCAAAACGGAGCUGCACGAGCUGUAUCAACUGUUCCAGAACCGAGCAACCGUCGACAAAAUAGAGGAAUACUGUCAGCCGAAGGAAAUCGUGUGGCAUUUUAUACCACCCGAAGCACCAAACUUCGGAGGUCUUUGGGAGGCUGCAGUCAAGAGCACGAAGUACCAUCUUAAGCGAACGUUAAAGGACGCCAAGCUAACGUUCGAAGAGUAUACGACGGUGCUGACCCAGGUGGAGGCGAUCCUGAAUUCGAGGCCGCUGUUUGCUAUUUCUACCGAUCCAACGGACCCAGAAGUGAUCACUCCAGGUCAUUUUCUGACUUUGAACGUGUCGACCAGCGGUGGGGAAGCAAAAACGCACGAUUCAAAUGGUCCAAAGAAUGCAAAUUGA